UGCUUGAGCUAGUUGUUAUUUCUUAUGCUAUGGUGUAAUAAAAGCUUGGUUACACAUGUAUAUGUAAUAAUAGCAAUUUGAUAUGUCGAUUUUUUCUCCCACCUCUUCCACUCUUCCUUCUCACUCUCCAAUUUCAUCCCCAUGCUUUUCCCGCCUUAUCACCGCUUCAUUCGGCCACCGCACCCGCCGCCGUUCCCGCCGUCACAACAAACUCAAACCCUCCUCCCCUACCACCACCACCAUCUUCUCAGAACCUAAGCUCGAAACCGUCAUAGACCUCACAAUCUUCCCUUCCUUCCAUUCCAACAUUCGUCAAAUUGUCUCCUCCGGUAAAGACGCAUACCGCGACUUACAGACCUUGUUCACUCUCGACGAAAAUCGCAGAGUCGUCGUUUCGUGCCGGCCUUCGACUAUCCACUUCGUCGGAACUUCGGCUGCUUUGACGCUAGUAGCGUUUUCUGUUUUGAGAGUGUUGGUUGAUUUGGUUUCUAGGUUAGCGCCGUGGCGGCGAAACGCGUCUGGUUAUGAUAAGGCUAUGGUCCGGAGAGACCGGAGUCUUGGCGGGAAAGAGGUGGUUGUUGGAUUGGGUCCCCGGAGCGGCGUUACGGCGCCGAUUAAGCGAUCUUUGAAGAAUAAUAAGGUUGCAGUUCAACGGAAAUUGCCGAAAUGGUGGCCAAUUGUUAAUAAUCCCAAUUACAAUGGUUUUGAUUUUGACCUAAAUGAGCAAGAGGAAUAUAAAAGGGAUGCUUACAGACUGGUUCGAGCAAUUAUUGACAGUAGAAUGGCUGCAAAAGACAUCUCCGAGAGUGAUAUCAUACAAUUACGUCAACUAUGCCGAAAUUCUGGUGUGCAAGUGUCGGUUGAACCAGCGAAUAUUCGGGACUCCUUGUAUCGAACAUCUGUUAAUUUUGUUUUAGAUGCUUGCAGCAGUGCACCAACUUACGCUACUUCAGUUAGUAUUUAUGGUGAGGAUUCUCAACAAUUCCUUGCUGGAUUUGCGGAAAACAUUGGCGUUGAAAAUGUUCAUGCUGCAACAAUUGUGUCUGCAGCUGUGGCUUCACGUACACGCGCUUGUCUUUUGCAGGCUUGGGCUCUAGAAAUACAAGGCAAACAUGUUGAUGCUUUGGGAGAACUCUCAAAGAUGUGCCUUAUCCUACAAGUAUUUCCUCCCGAGGAAUCUUCGCCUGAAAUGGAGAUGGUUAGCCGGGGCCUAGCGAAGCACUUGAAACUAGAACAAAGAAAACACCUUAUGUAUCUCUUUGGUAAAGUGUGCAGUGAGGACAGUCACGGGAUUGCAAGAGAAGCCCUUGGUUUGAUACAUUCUCAAAAUUACAGCGCCGGUCAACUUGAAGACAACAUAGCACCUUGAAGCUUUCUGCCUUCAGACUGUAGAAUGCAUUCUUUUAGAAUAUUUAUGUUUAAUUGUUUAGUUUUGUAUCUGCUUAUGAAAUAUAUUAAGAUGGUUUAUUUUAGUGAUGUAUAAUAGUAAUAAUAAUGAUAACAAUAAUUAUAAUAUUCACCAUAAUCAUCAUUAAAAAGAUGUCUUUUACAUUUGAGAUUGUUAAAACCUAAAUAGAUAGUUUCUCAAAGUUGUAUUGUAUUGUAGCUCUGAACCUCUACUUAAGAAAAGUAGUUCUGAAUCAUAAAUAAAAUAAACACUGUCUUAAUAACUUUCACUUAAUAAUAGGUCAAACACAAUAACUAGAAAGAUUAGAUGCAAGAAAACAAGUGUAUUUCAAGCAACAAUCUUAAUAUUACAGUGUAUUUCAAGCAACAAAUAAUCUUAAUGUUACUUGUCACUUUAAACAC